AUGGUAGUGAAAAGUAUUUGCUGUUUGGGUGCAGGUUACGUUGGAGGGCCAACAUGCAGUGUCAUAGCCCUAAAGUGUCCAGAAAUUAAAGUUACUGUAGUCGAUAAGAGUAAAGAUAGAAUUGCUCAAUGGAAUAGCGAUAAGUUACCAAUUUAUGAGCCUGGUCUAGAUGAUGUGGUAAAGGCAUGUCGUGGCAAGAACCUCUUUUUCUCAGACGACUGCGAUGCUGCCAUAGUGGAAGCAGAUUUGAUUUUUAUUUCAGUCAACACACCUACCAAGACUUUUGGUAAUGGAAAGGGUAGAGCUCCUGACUUAAAAUUUGUUGAAGGAGCUGCCCGCAUGAUUGCAGACGUUGCUCAAAGUAACAAAAUCGUCGUGGAAAAAAGUACAGUGCCAGUCAACGCAGCUGAAAGCAUAAUGAAGAUCUUGAAGGCCAAUCAAAGACCUGGUGUAUCGUAUCAGAUUUUAAGCAACCCUGAAUUUUUAGCUGAAGGCACUGCUAUAAACGAUCUAUUAAACGCUGAUAGGGUUUUGAUUGGAGGUGAAGAAUCUCCAGCUGGUGAAGCUGCCAUAGAGGAACUGUGCAGCAUUUAUGAACAUUGGAUUCCCAGAAAAAAGAUUCUCACUACAAACACAUGGUCAAGUGAACUAUCAAAACUAGCUGCCAAUGCAAUGUUGGCUCAAAGAAUAUCCAGCAUCAAUUCUUUGUCAGCAGUAUGUGAAGCUACUGGAGCUGACAUUACAGAAGUAGCUAGAGCUGUUGGUUUGGAUUCUAGAAUUGGACCAAAGUUUUUGCAAGCCUCAAUUGGUUUUGGCGGGAGCUGUUUCCAAAAGGACAUCCUCAAUUUGGUCUACAUCUGCGAGUGCCUUAAUCUACCUCACGUUGCUGCUUAUUGGCAAAGUGUCAUCGACAUGAACCAACACCAAAAAUACCGUUUCACUGCCAAAGUGGUCGAGAGCCUCUUCAACACUGUCAGCGGCAAAAAAAUUUGCAUCUUGGGAUUUGCUUUCAAGAAAAAUACCGGAGACACUAGAGAAAGUGCCGCAAUUUAUGUGGCCAAAACGUUAUUAGACGAAGGAGCUUCUAUUAACAUCUACGACCCUAAAGUUGAACAACCUCAAAUUUAUGAAGACCUGAAAUAUGAAGGAGUUUCCGCAGAACGACUUAAGAGUUCCGUUAACAUUUUCCCUGAUGCUUACUCAGCCACCAAUCAGUGUCACGCAGUUGUUUUGUGUACCGAAUGGGACGAAUUUGUGACUCUUAACUAUGACAAAAUCUACGACAAAAUGAUGAAGCCAGCUUACAUGUUUGACGGAAGGAAAAUUUUAAACCACAAUGAGCUGUUGAGAAUUGGAUUCCAUGUUGAGACAAUUGGGAGCCGUUUAGGGCAACCAUUUAAACAAAGAAGAUACAGUAUCAAUCCACAAAUCUUAUAA